CGUUCGGGUCACAUUUUGGAGGGUUUUGAUUGGAUUACACCAGCACGGUCGUGAUGACGUGAUUGUCGUCAAACCUCAGUAGCACAACUAACUAGUUUAGCCGAAACAGUCAGCGAAUGGUCCGCUUCCUGUUUGUUAAGAAGUUAGCUAGUUAGCUAAAUAGCUAAGUUAACGUCACUUGCUUAGCACAACCACAAGAACAUGGACGACGGCAUUCUGACAACUCUGAAACUAUUGAUAAUCGGAGAAAGCGGUGUUGGAAAAUCCAGUCUUCUCUUGAGAUUCACUGAGGAUAAGUUUGAUCCAGAACUUGCCGCAACUAUUGGUGUGGACUUCAAAGUGAAAACUGUGGCAGUGGACGGAAACAGAGCAAAGCUCGCAAUAUGGGACACGGCUGGCCAGGAGCGUUUUCGAACCCUGACUCCCAGCUACUACAGAGGAGCCCAGGGUGUGAUCCUAGUGUAUGACGUUACAAAGCGAGACACCUUCUCAAAACUCGGUAAUUGGUUAAAUGAACUGGAGACGUACUGCACAAAGAAUGAAAUGGUGAAAAUGCUGGUUGGGAACAAGAUCGAUAAGGAGAACCGUGAAGUAGACCGAAACGAAGGCCUGAAGUUUGCGAGGAAACAUUCCAUGCUUUUCAUAGAGGCCAGUGCAAAGACUCGGGACGGUGUCCAGUGCGCCUUCGAGGAGCUGGUUGAGAAAAUCAUCCAGACGCCAGGGCUGUGGGAGAAUGACACACGAAGCCAGGGGGUUCAGCUGUCCAGCACAGACCAACAGCCGGCGGGGUCUUGUGCGAGAUACUGCUCCUUAGUUUAACUCCACCAAAACAAAAAACCAAAACAACUAAAAGACAACAACCGAACUUAAUCGCACAAUAAAGUACAGGUUGACAGACGCUAUUUAAACAGCCGCUGAAGUGUAGGCUUUCGCCCAUCGGUGGCUGUGGUCAAAGGGACACUGCUGUUUGCACACUGCCUACGUCAUGGCAGCACUCUCAGAACCUUAGAUAAAAACCAAGCCACCCUCAUCUUCCUGACUAAUGGGGCUUUUGUUUGGCCUCCUGGCAGAACUGCCCUCGCCAUGGUAACUGGCGGCCUGCUGCUUGAGGGUUCCAGUGCCAUUUACAGGCACGGCAGGGACAACCGUUCAGCCUUUUACAGUAACGUAUGUUUUAAUCUGUACGUAAUGCAGUUGGUGACGCAUUUAUCUCAUUAAGUGUAAAAUAAUGUAUGAACUUUCUUGCCUGGUGUUUGAUUUUCAGAUGUGACUUAUGACAACAUUUUGACAAAUGAGUGCAAUGUCUUUCCUUUUCCCCCCUCUUUCCAGUAAAGCAUUCUUUCCAUAGAGUGUUUUAAUCUGCAACUGCAGUUUUCUUUGAGAACAUACUGUGUGGUUUCUUCUCUCCAAAUGAUUUGUACUAGUGGUUCACUAGUACAACUCGUAGUGUUUCACUGUGGAGGCAAUUUUUUUAUGAUCAUUUGAUUGAACAAGUUAGUGAUUGAUAGUACUGGGUAGCUCCCCCGACAGUCUAUGGAGAUGAUCAAGUCAAAAUGCGAAACGGGUUGGUGUUAGAAUUAACGGUCGAUUUAAAGCAUUAUUCCCCUCUCCACCAUGUGAAACCCUUUUAUGAUCGUUUCUGUAAAGGACAUAACUUAAAAAUGCAGUGGGUGGAUGUGCGGCUAACGUGAUGGUUAUGGCACAAAAAGAUGAUUAAAUUUCAGGGUUUAUAUGACCACCAGUAGAAAGGGUUAGGGUAAGGGUUAGUGGGGAUGCAUUCUCUCGGAUGGGUCACUCUAAUGUCAAGGUAUAAUUUAGUCAAAAUAAAAAAGAAUGUAUGUUGUGAACAAAA